CACGCAGUGUUUUGGUUUACAUUUUUAUUUAUUCUCUCAAGAUGGCUGACAAGAUAGAUAUGUCUCUAGAUGAUAUUAUUAAAUCUAAAAGAUCCAUGGGAAGGGGUCGAGGAAGAGGUAGAAUGCAAAGGGGUGCAAGAGGUGGAGUUGGAAAUAGAAGAUUCGUCAGUCAGAACAAUAGACGCCCUAGAAGAAAUCUACCUAACAGUUCUAUGAACGGUAAAUGGCAACACGAUAUGUUUAAUGCAACUAAUGUAUCUCCAAAAAGAAAUAUAAGUCGGCCUAACAACGUUUUAUUAGCAGGAGCUAAUUCCUUUACCUCCAUGUCAGGAGGGCCCGGAAAAUUAUUGAUUUCUAAUUUAGAUUUUGGUGUUACUGAUUCUGAUAUUCAAGAACUUUUUGGUGAAUUUGGACCACUAUUAAGUGCUGCUGUUCACUAUGACAGAACUGGUAGGUCCCUUGGAACUGCAGAUGUUAUAUUUGAAAGAAAACUAGAUGGUUUACAAGCUAUAAAAAAGUACAACAAUGUUCCCUUAGAUGGACGACCAAUGAACAUCCAAAUGGCUACCUCUGACAUUAAUCUAACCUCUCUUGACAAUGAUCUAAGUGAUAACUCUAUAAUGAUGAGAACUGGAAACUCACCUGGUAAUAAUAGACUAAAACGGCUCAACAAUUUUAGCACCAGAGGUGGAAAUAUGAGAGGAGUUUUGAGAAGGGGUAGGGGUGUUGGAUAUGGGGGCGGAAGAAGGAGAGGUGGUCCAGCUAUGAAGCAUACUACUGCAGAACUGGAUGCAGAACUUGAUACUUAUAAUUCUCAGAUGGAUACAAUGUGAAAAAGUUGUAGAGAACAUUCAUUUAUGAUUUAUAUACUUUACAUAAUAUACUAUGUAAGCAUUUGAUCUAAUGAUUUACCAUGUCACAUAAAUAUCUUUUUAAAUUCUGUCAUACUUGUUAUAUAUAAAUUAUUACAAUGACUUAAAUAUUCAAACAUUAAUUAUACACUUUAUGAUAAAAUAAUUGAAUAUCAAUGUAUCAAUUUUUAGUUGAGAAAUAAAAAUAGUACUUGAAUAACUUGUAUAUAAAAUAAUAUUGUUAAAUGCAAUCAGUGUUUAAGGGAAUCUUAUUGAUAAUAAUAACAAUUUACGGGACUCGUUUGGAAUCAAUAUUUACUGGAAUCUUAUAGGCAAUAAUAACAAUAUAUUGGACCUUGUUUGGAAGAAGAGCAUUUAUAUUCAGAAUUAAAGUAUUUAUGGUGUUAAUGGUUACAACUGGAAAAAUUUCAUAUAAAUUUUAACAAAAUUAAUUUUUCAGGAAUUAGGUUUCAAAAUUAAUUAUUAAUAUAAUAAAUCAUCCUUUGCCUUAAAAGACAUAUUUAAGUUUAAUAAUCAAUCAAGUAUUAAGAU